CAAUUUCCACAUGCCCAUCCUUUUCCAGGAUUCUUUUAUAAGGUCACCAAAAACACUUAAAAACCAAGGAGAAAUGGGAUACAUGCAUGUUCUUUGUCUCUUCUUUACACAAAUAAUAUAUAUCCUGGUGCUAGUUGCUGAAACGACUGCUAAUGUCCCAGCAAUUAUAGUUUUUGGAGAUUCAUCUGUUGAUGCUGGAAACAACAACGUGAUUUCCACUGUUCUCAAGAGCAAUUUCAAGCCUUAUGGCCGCGAUUUCGAAGGUGGUCGCCCCACUGGACGAUUCUGCAAUGGGCGUAUACCUCCUGAUUUCAUUUCUGAGGCAUUUGGUCUCAAGCCAGCAAUACCAGCUUACUUGGACUCACAGUAUAGUAUAUCAGAUUUUGCCACUGGCGUUUGCUUUGCUUCUGCUGGGACUGGCUAUGACAAUGCAACUUCUAAUGUGCUAAAUGUGAUACCCUUAUGGAAGGAACUAGAGUACUACAAGGAUUACCAAAAAAAACUGAGAGCUUAUGUUGGCGAGCGGAAGGCGAAUGAGAUAUUCAGUGAGGCUCUAUACCUGAUGAGCUUAGGUACAAAUGAUUUCCUUGAAAAUUAUUACACAUUUCCAACCAGGCGAUCCCAGUUUACUGUCAGACAAUACGAGGAUUUUCUUGUUGGACUUGCAAGAAAUUUCAUAACAAAACUUUACCAUCUCGGUGGUAGGAAAAUAUCUUUAACUGGUGUUCCUCCAAUGGGGUGUCUGCCAUUGGAGAGGACCACAAAUAUCAUGGGUCAGCAUGACUGUAUACAGGAAUAUAACAAGGUGGCCGUGGAAUUUAAUGGGAAAUUAGAGGGUUUGGUAUCAGAACUGAAGAGAGAGCUUCCUGAGCUCAGGAUGUUGUUUACAAGGACUGUUUAUGAUAAUGUCUAUCAAAUCAUUAGAAAUCCUGCUGCAUAUGGAUUCCAGGAGACAGGGAAGGCAUGCUGUGCCACAGGAACAUUUGAAAUGAGUUACCUUUGCAAUGAACAUUCAAUUACAUGUCCAGACGCCAAUAAAUAUGUAUUCUGGGAUGCCUUCCAUCCCACAGAGAGAACAAAUCAAAUAAUCUCGCAGCAAUUGAUCCCUACUCUUCUAGCAGAAUUUCAAUGAAGUAAUGGAAUUUGAUAGCAAAUAUUUGGAAUGAUAUGGUAGUGGAACGUAAUGUAAUGUAAUAAAUUGGAUGAUAUGGUAGUGCAAGGUAAUGUAAUGCAAUGAAUUGGAUGAUGUAAUUAAGAAUAUAAUGUAAUGAAAUUGACUGAAACAUUACAUUUUAUGAAAAUUAAAAUAAAUAUUUAUAAGAAAAA